AGUGUUAGGUCAGACCGGUUGUGAGAGCUGGACCUUAGUGUUAAGCUGGUGGGCUAGCACCUGACACGGGCUGGUUUGGAACGUACGGUAGACAUGGGUCGUGUCGCUGCGUUGUUGCUGUUACCGGUUCUUAUCGAAUCGGUAUUUUCCAUUUCCUUCUUUUUACCGGUCAACUCUAGAAAAUGUUUACGGGAGGAGAUUCACAAAGACGUCCUCGUCACGGGGGAGUAUGAAAUAAGCGAACAGCCGAACACUAAAACUAAUCUGAAGAUCACAGAUUCCUCUGGCCACACUCUUUACUCCAAGGAAGAUGCAACAAAAGGAAAGUUUGCAUUCACCACAGAGGACUAUGACAUGUUUGAGGUGUGCUUUGAGAGCAAGUCACCCAUGGGAACUGGAAGAGUGCCUGACCAGCUGGUCAAUCUGGACAUGAAGCAUGGCGUGGAGGCCAAAAACUAUGAGGAGAUUGCCAAGGUGGAGAAGCUGAAGCCUCUUGAGGUUGAGCUGAGGCGACUGGAGGACCUGUCUGAAUCCAUUGUCAAUGACUUUGCUUACAUGAAGAAGAGAGAGGAGGAGAUGCGGGACACCAAUGAGUCCACCAACACGCGUGUGCUGUACUUCAGCAUAUUCUCCAUGUGCUGUCUCAUUGGGCUGGCUACAUGGCAGGUCUUCUACUUGCGGCGCUUCUUCAAGGCAAAGAAGCUGAUCGAGUAGAGUAGCCCCUAGCUCCUUACCUCAGGGGAAGGUGCCCGCCGGUCAGCCAACACAUCCCAGCAUCCACCCUCGUUGGACUAACUUCAGCAAGCAACAGCAAGUGGGGUUGAGGAGCUAGUUUUCACGACUGUGAGAGAGAGAGAGAGAGAGCGAGAGAGUACCAAGGUUGUCCUCUGAAAAAAAAAAAAUGAUUCACCUGCUUAUUUAGUGGUUGAAAACAUGAAAAGCGCUGUAGGGAGAAGUCCACUGUGAGACAUGGGAGGCGUAUGCCACUGCAUGGGUGAGAUACGUCCAUCUCCAUGGUACUUCCUGUUUCUUUCUGCACUGUUUUGAAUGUUGCAGCUCACUAAAUAAGAACUUGUUCUUUAAACCAGUUGAACAGUGAUCCUUGGCCUUGAGCUCACUUUGAAUGGUUGUGCCAUGAGCGAAUGUCUUCUGCCCUUCUGUUGAUGUACACAUUCUAUGCCAUGCCAAGCAAACUAUAGGUCCUUGGUGCCCUUUUAUCAAAUGAAGGCUGAAAAAGUGGUUUGUUGUUACUUUGAGAAAAUUGGCAACCACUGAACUUUGUUUUGUCACUUAAUUUGCAUACAUAUUUGGUAGCUAAAUUUAAGUGUCUUUAGUUUUUCAUGUUGUAAAUGCUACUUAGUUGCUUCCACAGGUAUAUUUUUGGGGGGUGGGUUGCUGGGUUGCCUGUAAUUAUAUAUUAGGUAACUUCUAUUAGCUCUUGUGUGUUUUAGUUUUGUUUUUGGAACAUCUGAACAUUCAUUUGAAGUAGCCAGAAACCAAAAACCUUGUCAUAAGGAAGGAAUUUGCAGUGUCUGGUGUUUUUGGCUGAGCAAAUUAACCCCCUGAUUUCAUGAUACAGUAUACUUGGGCAAGUUUCAGUAGAGUACAGUGAAGGGAGGUUUUGAUGGAAAGUGUAGGCUGUUCAAACCAUUUUUGAAAUGUACUAUUAGUCACAUGCCUCAUUUCUUUAAAAACUGGGGAGUUUAUUUUUUUCUUUUUCGGAAACCACUUCUCGGUCAUAAUACUUACAGGUUCAUCCAGUGUUUUCUUUAGAAAUACUUAGGAUUCUUGGGUUACAUGAUGGUUAGGGUGGUUGCAAGUAUUCUGUCUGGGAUUCACUGAGGCAUCGCUCAUGGGUACAUUUUUAACGGUGAACAUGCGCACUGUGCGCAAUCAGUGAUUUUUAUGUUGAGUGAUAAAUUUUGUAAAUUUGUGUUGGGCUUUUAUUCAAUAAAAUAUUGGAUGGAUUUACAUUA